AUGAAAAAUUACCUGCUCCGAACGUUGGGGUUGGGAAAGUUAAACACAUCAUCAAACUCUUCAUCGAGUACUCCCAAUAAAUCGCUCUCACUCAACACUCCAGGUGAUUCUACACCAACAGGCUUUGAUCAUUUCAAUUUUGAUCGGAGAGACGAAGAAGAGUAUAAACGAUAUGAAGAGAUUUGGGCUCAACCAUAUACUUAUUUAUUGGACAUUGCGUUUGAAUCGGAAGAAUUACUCAAAUCAUGGAAUUUAUUUGUACAAGAGAAUUUAUCCCGAGAGUCAUCGAAAGACUCUGCUCUCUCAUCAUUUGAAAAAACGACCAAUUCAGCUUUUGAAUCAUUUAUCACACAACUAAAAGAGAAAUAUAACGACUGGUUUCCACCACAAAAUGUGUUGGAAUUGGCAGUUGUCACAACACAAAGUAAUUCAAGAGCCAGAAGUAAGGCUGUUACUGCCAACAAUGGAUUAUUUUCUAGCGUUGGAGUUUCUUCGGAUGUUUUGGGUUCACUGCAGUCAGGAUCGUUUUCUGACAUUUCGUAUUCACACGACUCUACUAUUCAAAUACAAGGUUUUAAAGGAGCCAUAGGGCAUCCUAUUGAUGUGUUAUCAACAGUAUGCUCACACUUUAAACAUCAAGUUCAAACGAUUUUGAAAGAUUUUAACUUGGACAAGUCUAAUAAUUUAAGCAUUCGAUCACUCUAUCUUUUGGAUAUUAUUGAAAUACUCACACGAUCUCAUCACAACAGAUUAUUUAUGAGGGAAUUCAAUGUCCUUCCUUUCGUUUCUAAUAUUUUGAAAACGGCUUUAUGUAAACUUCAAUUAAUUAUUGCAGAUAAGAGGUUUAGUGACCGAGAAAUUUCAACACUUUCUAUUGAAUCAGCCAUUGAGGUUGAGAAUGAAUUGAGACAGUGUUUGGAUUUUGUAAUUUAUAUUUUGUCAAACGGCAUUCAAAUCUUUUCACAUUUUUGUGAGUCUGUAUCAUACAACACUGCAACAAAUGUUCCAACAAAUACCACUAAUACGAAUAACUCAGAUGUUCCCACACCUCUCUCAAUAACAAGGUCUUCCAGUAUAAAUGGAGGUGAACCGGGUAAGAACAAUAUUUGGUAUCAAAAUAAUAAGAAUUUCAGAAGGCAGAAAAUGCUCACCUAUAUAACCUCUCGAGAAGAUAUUGACUUCAUGGAUAUCAUCAUUGAGAUGUUGACAACUUUUAGAGAUUCUAUUUCAAAGCAAUAUGACGGCCAUCAUCACAGUCCAAAGUACUACGAAACAUGGAGCUUCUUGUUCAAUUUCCAAGAAGCCUCACUGCAAAUGGUUAGGGCAAUUAUAACCACAGACAAGCUCAAAGCUAUAAGCCAGCUUGCUGAGCACCAAUUUAGAGAUAUUUUCCUUUCUAGAGGAGGUUGUGACAUUCUUGUAAAAUAUCUUGGAUGGCCUAUUGAACAUGUUUCUAUUUUACACGAUACAGAAUGGUUUAAGAUUGAUAUACUCUCUUUAAACGCCGAACGUCUAAAUUACUAUUUUCAAACUCAACUGCUAACCAUGAAGAUAAUAACAAGGUUGAUCGAGAGUAAUUAUUCUUAUCUUCGACUAUUUGGAAAGCAGGGUUUUAACAAGAUUAGAGAGACAGGUUUGUGGAUUUCUUUCUUUUGUACGUUGAGUAGCGACUAUGAGAGCCAAGCACAAACAUUGAGAAACAACCCUCUUCCUCAAAUGGGAUCCAUUGUUCGAUCACGAAGCGGUUCAUUAGACUUGGGUAAUUUCAGAUUCCCUCCAACCCCAAUUUCCAAUAGCGGUUCCAUUAAUGUGAAGCCAUUUCCUUGCCCUGGAUUUAUUUCAAAAACCGCAAAUGAAAGGGCCAUGCACUUUUUUGACUGCCUACGAAAGCUCGUAAAGCUUUCAACCAUAAUUUCCUUCCCAAAAACUCUCCAUAGCUCUACUUCUACUCCAGGCACUCCAUCGAGCAUGCCAACUUUUGAUAAUACCUACUCUUCCUACUCUUCAGUUCUUCACAAUACCGAUCAAGACAUCACAAUUCAAAAGAACCUUUCCAAACUAUUAUUUUCAUUUUUCCUUGAUAAUGAAGGAGAUAAGGAAAGCAUCACCGAAAAAGCACUACAAAAGUUGAGACUUUUGAGUGACUUUCCUUUUUAUUUCAUAGACAGUAUUAACAGAUUAGUGUCCGAGUCUCAAACUGCUCUUGAUGUUAUGGUUUCUAAUGAAUUAUACGACGUUCUUUUUUCUAAAUAUUUCUACUUUUAUGGAGGGUCUUUCAACCCAAUUAACAAGAUAGAAGAGAAAAGAAUGGCAAACAAUUCUAAUCCCGUCAAAGAUGAAAAUGAGGGAAACGAAUUGUUAAUGAGGAGUGAUAUUUGUGCAUAUAUUGAGUGUGCUUCUGCAGUGUUAAGAUCUAGUGUAAUAGAUUUUAUGAAAUAUACUUCUACAAUUAAGGGAAGAAAUAACGUUGAAGAGUGUAGAAAAUUAAUCGAUAUUUUAGAACUGUAUAACGAGAAUUCAUUUGUAGCAUCAGAGAUUGGUCUGUGUCUACUUGACAUUUUGAGACAAAACUUUGACAUCACCCAAGAGAGUCUGUAUUCCCUAAAGGCUAUGUCUGUCCUAUCUCGAGUGAUUUCAAAGCAGCAUACAUUAGUAAUGUCAUUGGACAUGGAGCGUCCAAAGUCUCAAUUUUACCAUAACGAGUACACAGAAGAUCAUGUUCGGGCCAUUGAAGCAAGAAAUAUUAUUUUGAACGUUUUAGAUUUUGCACUUACACAUGAAAAAUCAUUGACUCUCGCUCUUCAAAGCCAUAACACAAUAGAAAUGAUGUUCAAAAUAAUUUUAGAUCCUACCCUGAAAAACUUUGUUCUCGUCCACGUUAGACAGCUCUUGAAUGCCAAGAACAUCGAACAUUCACACGAAUUUGAAGUAUUACUGACGUGUUUUACAGAGGUAUUUCCAGUUAUUAUGGACAAUCCAACUCAACCUAAUUUACAGCUAUUGAUGGAAAUGCUAGCUGCUGUACAAAAAGGUCUGUGUGGAUCAAACAAAAAACUUUUGCAAACACAGUUCAGGGACAAGUUGGACAAAUUCAUGCACUUACUCAAUUUAAACAUUCCAUCCAACCCAUCUGAAGCAGAUUGCAUUUCUCGACAUGUGUUGGCAAUCGAGGUAAUACGCACUUUAACGGCGUUAAUAUCGGAUAAUUCAAAAUCAAAACAACACUUCAAGACAAUUCUUGGAUAUGAUACAUUUAAGAAUUUUAUAUUACACUGUGAGCAAAACAAGCCCUCUCCUGAUAUUUUCGACGUGCUCUUUGACAUGUUAUCUGACGGAGAAUUCAAUAGCGAGACAAACUACACCAUUCAAAAUCCAGACGUGGCUCGUUUAAUUUUCCAACUUGCGCUAAAUUGUGACAUUUCGUAUGUUGCUGAGUUGGUUGCUAAAUUCUCUUUGCUUGUUGAGAAAUCAACGAACAACAGAAAUAUUUGUUGCUCUGUCGGAUUAAUCAGCACUCUGUUGGAGCUACUGACGAGAUUUGAAAAAGAGGCAAAUCCAGAGGAUAAAACAAUUCGAGAUAUUGUAACAUUAAUUGAAACUAUUGGUAGACAUUCAAUUACUGUAAAGGAGCUUAAGGGGUUCCUUACAUUGAUCAAACAGCAAUCUGAUCGAGAUCAUACCACCUUUCUUUCCAUACUUUUAAAGGCCCUAGCUAAUAUGACUCAAAGUUCUCCUGAUGCAUUUUUUGAUUUCAAUGGUUUGGCUUCUGGUUUGGUACUUCCUGUGAUCGACAACAGAAUUUGGCCAAACGCAAAAGGUUAUUCUAUUUCAAUGUGGGUUCGAGUUGAGAGUUUUGUGGAGACUAGACCCGCUUCUAAUGCUAACCCUUCAACAUUUUCACCAGUGUCAACUCGAUCAUUUUCAUUUGUCACUGACUCUGCAAAUUUGAGAAAAGAUUUACAAAUGGAUACAGCUGCUUACAAACCAAGAUUGGCUAGCUUUUUCAACUCUGAAGGGCAGGGUUUUGAAAUUUAUUUUGAGAAUAAUUAUUUGAAAGUUAGUGUUCAGCACUCACAAAAGAAGCAAUAUACGGAGGUUUUCGAUUUCAAAUUUGAUCCAAAGAGAUGGUAUCAUAUUAUGUUAACUCAUAGUUAUGGAAAAGGUCCAUUCUCGUUUUCCAAGAAUGAACUUAAACUCUAUGUUGAUGGCAACUCACCAUGCAAGGUGUUGUUCAAAUAUCCUACCUUCCACAAACCUCUGGAUAAGUGUAUGAUUGGAUCAAGCUUUUUAGUGAACGAAAAUCUUCAAUUAGGAACAUUCCACAAGAGACAAAAUAGUUUUCAAGCAUCCGAAAAUCCAAAUUUCAAUGGACAAAUGGGAACUUUGUGUGUAUUUGAUGAGUCUUUACCUCCAAAUAUUAUUCAACUCAUUUAUGGAUUGGGAUAUAAUUACAUGAACUGCUUCCAACCAACAGAUUCCGUCUUAGCCAAGAAUAACAGCAAAACAUCUCAAGAAUAUUUGCAGCUUUUUGAUGGUUCCAUCACUCAAAAGAUAAUUUUGUGUUACAGCCCAAAGUCUAGAGCCAACUUAAACAAAAUUUGUGUGAACAACACUCCAGAGGCUUUUCACCAACUUCAAUUAUACAACGGAUUGGCUUCCUUGGGGGAAUCCGUUCCUCAGAUCAAAACAGAUAUUCACCAGUCAAUGUUGAAUGCGAGAAUAUUGAACGGAACUCAACUAUGUGUCACUCAUAAUGCUAAGGAUAUCAUUGGAUGCUUGGGAGGUAUUAAGGUGCUGUUCCCAUUGUUUUUACAACUCGAUCGACUCUCCCAUAGUGAUCAAGUUGUGAGUGUGAAUGACAGGUCAGAGCCAUACAUGGUCAAUACCUUAUUUUCUCUACUCAUUGAUUUGCUUUCAGAGCAUGUGGAUAACCUUGAAGACAUGGCAAGAUGUAGAGGAUUUUUAGUGAUUAGCUUCUUAUUGAAGCAAAUAUCUCCUCAACAUUUAACUCGAAGCACCAUAGCUUUAAUACCUACUUUGUUGUCAUGCGUUCAACGUCAUAGUUUACUCUAUUCAGACACAAUCAAUUAUUUAGUAUUUAACUUUAGAUUGUGGAUCUAUACCGACGCUGAGGUUCAAAAAAUUCUCUUCCAACAGCUCCUUGACUUGAAUAACAAGAAAGAGAACUUUACAAAGGUUCGAGAAAUUUUGGGUGUUCAGCGCUUAUUGGAUUUGAUGAGGUGGUUCUACUGGUUUGAACGAUCUAAAAACAUGGAUUACGAAUAUCAGCUGGGAACUGAGAAGAUUUGCAACCCUGUGACCUCCGCUGUGUUAGGACAACGACCAAACAUUGAUGAUAUUCGUGAAAUUAGACAAAAGUUAAUAUUGCUUUUGAAGGGUCUAACUGCCAAGUCCUCUGAAAUUGUAGUCAUUGGUAGUGAUGAUAAGACCAUGAUGGGUACUCCUAAUAUACCAAUGACAACUACCUCUAUUACAUAUUCAGAGUUAGAGGCCAUUGUGAAUUAUCUUGCCGAUUGUAGUGACUCUUUGCAGUACGAUGAUAUUAUUGAAUUUGUUCUAGAGUUACUACUCUCUCCUGAUGGAAAUGCAAUUGCAGAAAUGCUUUAUACCAUGAAGGCAUAUCAAGUGUUCGUUCAACUCCUAUACAUUAUGAAGGAAUCUACAAGAUUGAACGUACUGAAAUGUAUUGGACAAAUGUUGGUUCUGAAUUCAAAGAUGAGACAAAAAAUGUGUGCUGAUGAAACGUUUGGAUUUGUUGCUAUUUACAAUGCGUUGUCUGUGUUUAAUUUUACUAUUCAAACGUACGGUGUUCUACGAGACAUAUUCUUGGGUAAUAUUUCAAAGGGAAAAACUAAGGAUAUUUUGGAUCAAGAUGACUUUGAACAGACAGAAUAUAGUUACAGAGUUCAUUCUGUCAUUCAACCAAUUUUCAGGCUCUUGGUUAAUACUCAACCAAAUGUAAAGCACCACAUACUUCAAAAUUGGAAAAUUCAAAUGAAAUCAAACAAAGCCAAAGAUUGUGUAUUGCACCAAGUAGGGUGGCAAGAAUGGUUGCUCAACAUUUUGUGUGUUUCGAGAUUGGUGGACGCCGCCCAACCAUAUGAUGCCACACAAUCUGCUCAAUUCGAGCUUUGCAAAGAUAUUGUUAUUGAAUUGAUAGCUAUUCUGUUGUAUCACUCUUUGAAGACAGUGAAAAAAGGUUGGAGAGACAUUGAAGACACAAUUGGACACAUUAUUCUCUUGAAAGACAGAGAUCAACAUUUGGAGGGAGCUGAAGAAAUCCUGGGAAGCAUUUACAAACGUAUUUUGGAUGAAUACAUUAAUGACAUUCAAAAUGACAAGAUCAUUGCCAACUACAACGACAGAAAUAGCCCAAUAUUAGAUAAUUUUGUGCAUCUUGCUACAUUCAUUGAGGAAUAUUUAUUUUACUUUGAUUCGACUUACCAAAGUGUUUCAGGUAGUUGGUUGAGAAAACGAGUAGAUGCUAACCAGACUGUUCUAGGAACCAUCCGAAGCAUUGUUACGAAUACAAACACACAAACUCCAACAAAAUCACAAGAUACAGUUUCAACAUCAUCCAUAAUGAUGAGAGAAGCAGCAUUGGAUCCUGAAAUUAUCUAUAUUGAUACUUCUACUGUUCCUUCCACUCCAACCUAUGACACACCAAUAACGGUUUCAACACCAGAAAGUACAAAACGCGUUGAUUUAAAUACUAGUACAAGCUCCACUGCUACAACCACCACUACUAAUCAUCAAAUUACGUAUUACACUGAAGACGAGAUCAAUUUAAGAAAAGGAGAAGACGGCAUUUGGAGAGAUCUACCAAUUGCAGAAAAACUCAUUUACAUUCUUACACAAUGGAAAUUGAACAUUGUUUCAAAUUAUACAUCCCUGAGAACUGUUGUACAAGGUGGUAAACGAUUGAGAGAUGGAGGAACACUAAGAAUUACGCUGAGACUCAUUCGAUAUUGCUUGAGAGAAUCCCAAAAACCUGAUCCAUCUCUACUCGAUUGCAUUAAGAGAAUUAACCAAAGAGAUGUAGAGAGUGAAAAAGAAAUUUUGAGAUUUUCAGAGCUCUGGGCAGUGACCGGGGACAUUGAGAACAAUGACGAUUUUCACACACGUUUGAUGUGUAUAUUAGCUUUCUUGUUUGAUACGAUGAGUCGAUUAGUAGAAAAGAAACGAGAUGAUGAGGCCUUGGGAAUAUUCAUUACAAUUAGAGAAAUUUUCAUGACACGAAAGGAUCAUCUUGAACAAGCGCUCACGACCGAUGAUGACAAGUCUAUUCUUGCCGAUGAUUCGGUAUUUUCUUCUAAAAAGCAGGCUGUUCUGUCUGACUUUCAAGUAUUUCACUCAAAAAGCUGGAAACUUGCCUGGGCUCGAUUUUUUGUUCCAGCUGUUCGACAAACAGAAAAAGAAGAAGCUCGAUUCUUGGAAGAUAUUAUUUCUAGAAGGAAAUACACAAUUCAAAAACUGUACGACACAGUCAAAGAUCAUGAAACAGCUUCUGCAGAGUUUGAAAAGAAGUUAGAUUCCGAAAUGAAAGUAACUUUGGAUAAUAUCAGAAGACAAGAGAAGGAACGAAUUAAAAAAGAAAAGCGAGGAUAUGAAGAGUUUGAUUUUCUUGCUUCCCAUUAUUGGAAGAAAACAAUGAGAAAUGUUGCAGAUGAGAGAAGUAUUUGGGGCAAACAAACUGAUAGUGUGAAAUGGAAAUUGGACAAGUCUAUCACUGGUAAACACAUUCGAUUGAGACUCGUUAGAGACUUCUCAGGAAUUGAUCACAAAGAUGCCUCUAUGAAGAAGAGCGACCAACUUGCUCCAUCAGCACAAGAGACAAGUAUUAACAAAUUAUUGGAAAUCAAGGAAAAGGGAUCCUUUUUUAUUCCUAAUUUAUCAGUCAUUACCAAUCAAACAAGCGAGGACUCAACAGAGGACAGCAAUGAAGUCACUUCAAUCAAUGCCAAUUCUCAAACCAUUCAACCUCAACAGCCAUUCGAAUCAGAAGACCAACUCAAUCAAAAGCACGUCGAAAAAGAAAAGACCAUUAUGAAAGAUAUUUAUUGUGAAAUGAUUACUCCAAUGAUACCGUUCUCAGGAAAAAUGGAAAUCACAAAUAAGAGAAUCAUUUGGACAGCAGAUAAAGAAAACCAGUGUCUAACAUUUGGUUGGAGUGAACGGGUAGCGAAAUUAGUCAAGACUCCUCGUGAAAAGACUAUUUAUUUGGAGGAUUUAGUAGAAAUUCGAUUAAUGAGAUAUAGAUUGCGAAAGAGUUCAUUAGAAUUUUAUCUCAAUGAUGAAUCUACUGUCAUGUUCAACUUUGAUAAGAAUGAGAGAAAUAAGAUUUACACCAAAAUAAUUUCUCUCAAAUGUCCUAAUUUGAGAUCCGUUGAAAAAUCCUUCUCUCCAAUAGACAAUUUACAACGAGCUGGAUGGACAAAGAAAUGGCAACAAGGAAAAAUAUCCAACUUUGAAUAUUUAAUGAUUUUGAACAUGUAUGCCGGUAGAACUAUUAACGACCUUUCACAAUAUCCAGUAUUCCCUUGGGUGAUUGCAGAUUACUCGAGCCCAACACUUGAUUUUACCAAAGAAUCUACAUUUAGAGACUUAUCAAAGCCUAUGGGAGUGGUAAAUCCUGACAAGGUCAAGAAUGUUGAAGAAAAGUAUAUCACGUUGUCAGAUUCUGGAGAACCUCCAUAUCAUUAUGGAUCGCACUAUUCCACUUCUGCCUAUGUGACCUACUAUUUGAUUCGUCUAGAACCCUAUACCACAUUGGCUCGAGUGGUUCAAGGAGGAAAGUUUGAUCAUGCGGACCGAAUGUUUGAAUCCGUAGCACAAACGUAUGAUCAUUGUUUACACGGUGAGGGUGAUCACAAGGAACUCAUUCCUGAAUUCUUUUACUUGCCUGAAUUUCUCAAAAAGCCAAAUGAUUUAACUCUCGGUGAAAAGCAAAGUGGUGAUCAAAUUGGAGAUGUUAUUCUCCCACCAUGGGCCAAGAAUGCAGAGGACUUUAUCAGAAUUAAUAGAGAAGCACUCGAAUCUGAUUAUGUCUCGCAACAUUUACAUGAAUGGAUUGAUCUCAUAUUUGGAUAUAAACAAAGAGGUCCUGAAGCAGUGAAAGCUCACAACAUGUUCCACUAUUUGACCUAUGAAGGAACGAUUGAUCUUGAUCAACUCGAUGAACGAGACAAGUAUCCUGUUUUAGCUCGUAUUGAUAACUUUGGACAGACACCAUCUCAAUUAUUUAAAGUCUCACAUCCAAAGAAAACGAAUAAGAGAGAUUCCAAGUAUGACACCCUGCUUGCAUUAUCAUUCCAAGGAAGUAGACAAGUGAAUACUGUGAAAAUUUCUCCAAUAGUAUUCAUCAAGUUUUAUCAAACAGAAAAUACGAUUGUCAGAGUUUGUGUUGUCACGGAAGAUGGUUUGGUAUACACAACCAAGGCAGGAAAUGUAAAUCUACAAGCUAUUAUCAAUGACCUUGCCUUUUUAUCCAACUGCAAGACGAUUGGAUUCCCUCUUGAUGAUCCUGUGAGCCUUCUUUCCUCAAACACGACCGACUCGAGUACCAAUUCAUAUAUGAGCUCAAAUCCGACACAUAGCACAAAGCAACGAAGAUCAUUGGCAUCACUUCCAAAACAAGGUUUAGGUUAUAAGAGCAAUGCAUCCAAUGUGAAAAACUAUUUUUCAAUUCCAAACACUCCAAUUCCAAAUUCUAUUAAGGAUAUUUCCAUUUUCUCAUGUGGUCAUUUUGAUAAUUCAUUCAGAAUUUCCAAGCCAUACUCUCAACCAUUGCAUACCAAGAUAUCGACCUGUCAACAAAAUGCUAUUUGGAGACACAAAGAUUUAGUAACAUGUUGUGCUAUUUGUGAAGAAGACAAAUAUUUUGUAACGGGAAGUAGAGAUACCACAGUCAUGGUUUGGAAUAUUCAAAAUGACUCCUUUUUAGUCACUCAGCAACCUACUAACAUUCUGUAUGGCCACGAUGAUGAAGUAACUUGUGUGGCUGUAUGCAAUGAUUUAGACACAGUCAUUAGUGGAAGCAAGGACGGCACGGUUAUUGUGCACUCAUUACGAAGAGGAAAAUACAUUCGAACCAUUAAGCAUCCAAAUAAUGGAGUAAUUAACACGAUUGGAAUUGCACGUGAAUGCAAGUAUAGCAAUGAUAUCGAAGUUCUUGGAAGAAUUUGUGUGUACAGCAAUGAUGACAUGAUUCUUUAUUUAUACAGUCUGAAUGGAAAUCUCAUUGCAAAGGCUGAGACGAAUGGUGCAUUGAAUUGUAUGCGUAUUUUUGAUUGCAAGUAUGUGAUUUAUGGUGGCGAUCAUUCGAUUGUGGUGCGAGAUUUGCAUUCUUUGAAAGUGAUCCACAAAAUUGAUUUAAGAGAUCAAAUGUCUUCAGUCAGAUCCAUCGAGAUAUCGAACGAUGAACAAAUGCUUUUCGCAGGAUUGGACUCGGGAAAGUUACUGAUUUAUGGAAUAGAGAAUCAAAAUACUAAUGGUGGAACAACUCUUAACACAAAUCUUUCUCAACCACCUUCUCCAAGACACAAUUAA